AUGUCGCUCUCAAAAAGCGAAUCAGACGUGAUUCUCAACCGAGCCAAUGUCGCUCUAUCCCGAAGUCAACGCCUCGUAGCCUCAUGGCUCCCCGAAAAACCCUCCGACGAACCAACAAAAACCGACGAAGAGCUCCAAAAGGAAGAAGAUGAGAUCUUCACCGCAGUCCCAGAGACACUCGGCGUCGGUGCCCCCCUCCCUCAAAAAGCCGCCGACGGAAGCUGGAACCGCAGCGAUCUAGACUCGAACGACAAGCUGCGCAAACAACUUCUGGGCAAGAACUAUGAUCGCGUUAUGAAGGCUGCUGCGGAGGAGAAAGCUGCUGCUAAGGCUGCGAGCGCGAAGCCUGUUGUUGAAUCUACUGAGGAGAAAGAGGAGGAGUAUGAUGAAGAAGAUGGGCGUGCGGCGAUGUUGUCUAAGCCGAAGAAGAGGAAGGGUGCGCCUGGUGUGCAUCCUGCGGUGUUAGCUGCUGAAGCGGAGGCGGAAGCUGCUGGGGCUGGGGAUGCGAAGGGCCCGCGGAAAGGGAGGAAGAAGGCUACGAGUUAUUUGGAUGAACUUCUGGCUGAGAGGUCGAAGAAGAGGAAGAAGAGGUGA